AUGGCGUCUUCAUCUGAUUGCUCUCAUUCGUCUUUUCCUCCCAAGGAGGAUCCUAAUGCCAAGAUGAUGGUUGACCCGUUUGAAGUGCGCAUGCGCUUCACGACCCAGCUCCAACGUCUGAGCGCCACGGUCACAUCCUCGCAAAAAGCAGCUCAUUAUGCGCUCAAGUACCGCGAUCUGGACGAGGACCUUCACUCUUGCAUUCUGGAACAGCUUGAAAGAAACAACAUGAAUACGCGAGCCAAUAUCAUGUCUUUUAUCGAACACUUUUGCGAGAUGGCCACCAAAGAAGACCAUCUUCCCUACGUACGAAUGAUGCAACGCGACAUCCUUCGUGUCGUUGAUGCAGUCGUUCCUCCUGACGGCACCGGUGCAGCGAAUGUCAAGCACGUUCGACGAGUACUCAGCGGUCUACAAGCUAAACAGAUCCUUUCCGCCGAGACUGUGAUUGAAAUCGAUGCCGCGCUCAAAGACCGCGACUCACACCCCGCACACUUGGACUUGGAGCAGGAUGAGGCGCAAGAUGACAGUGGCCCAUCGAAGACAGGAACGCCUCACCAUACCAAGCCACAGGUGCGUUUCGACAAGCGACAGAUCGAGCAGAGAAUUGAAGAAGAUCGUGAGCGGAACAAACGCCUUCGAGAAAGCAUGUGGGCUGUUCCUGGGGACGAUGAUGCCGAGGCCCAGAAGUUCUAUGAAGAUGUCAGCGACAUUGGUGAGGACGAUUUCAUUAACGCCCGUGAGGAGGCUGCUGAACGACGGCUAUGCGGCGAGAAUGCCAUGAAAGAGAACGAGCAGUACAAUGCUUAG